UUAGGUAGUCAGAACUUGGAAGAUAAUACAUCAGGCCGGCUCGUGACUUGAUCUGCUGGCAAAUUCCGAGUACAAAAGUCGCUCAAUUUCAUAACUUCCUCCACCAGUUGCCUCCACCAACCGCUUUCACCAACUUGAAGUUGCCUUCCAGCUCCAUUAAUCGCAGCUUGCUUGAGCUCCCCUUCCUCCGCUGAAAGGCCCUUUGACCCGCCUUUGGAGUCCCCCAAUCCCCAAUCUCUACAGAGUCAGCUCAGCAAACUGCACAAUGGCCAGAACAAAGGUGACGCAGCAGGACCUUGAGAAGGUGAUGAACGUGGACGACUGGCUGACUACAACAGAUAGGGUUCGCAAGAGCAAGAACCUCCAAGACGCAUGGGCGCACGGCGACACCGAUUGUGCCUUCCGGAUUAACAACAUCACGGGAAUCCAGAGGUCGCGCAACGCCAAUGACUGGAACUACUGGGGUGACAUGUCUCAGAUACAAGACGACAAGGGUGAUGACUUUGGGACGUACCUCAACUUCAAGUUGGAGAAAAAAAGAGUUGAGAUCAUUUUCGAUCAGAUGCCCCAGGUCACUGCUGAGCGCAGCAAGGUUUAUAACAACACGAGUAUUGGUUCCUCAGACAUCAAUUACGAGUACACGGAGACGGAGUCCACUACGGUGAGGAAGGACGUUGAAAUUUCCAACCGCGUGUCCAUGACAAUGGAAGCUGGAGUUGAGGUCGGCGGCUUCAGCGUCAAGAUCAGCUCAACCUCAGAGCAGACUAAGGCGACCGUGGAUAGUACGACCAGAACCGUCGAGAAGUCGGACAAGGUUUGGGGCACCGUUGCUGCCGGGAAGUAUUUGGAGGUGCACACCGUCAAGUCGGUUGGAGAGAAGCGAUACCGUGUCAAGAUUCCCGUUGUCAUGGAAGGGUGGGUCGGUCUCUGCUCGGCCAAUGACCAAGGUACCUUUGUUCCAUACCCUCUGUACGACUUUGUGGAUGAGAAGAGGCUUACGCGCUGGAUCACGUUCGACAUGUUUGUGGAAUCUACAAGCUAUAUGGUGAAGACCUACACCGAGCCGACGAACCUAAGCGUCAGCGAGGAGGCAGUCAAGAAGGAGUUCCUCAGUGCCUAGUGUUGGCAAAGGCUGGGCUUAACGUCGAACCUUGACUUUGUAGACGAGGUAAAGUCAUUGAUUGGAAGGUACUGAUCUUGUGUUAGACUUCAGGGUAGGCCCGCUGACCGUUUCACUGACAAUUAGGAGCUGAGUUUGUACCACCCUUGGUCAGUGAUGGCGCAUUCGUGACGACGAACAUUCACUAGGUCGAGAACUCUCGAUAGAGUGAGACGCUUCGUAAAUAGAAGACAAGACAUACAUAGUGGCUAAUCCAUUCAAAACCAUUAGACAUUCCUACUUAGAUUUGAUUGAACUUUACUAAGUCGGCAUGCGCGCCAUGGACUGGACAUACUCAGCAUGACUCAUGUCGAUUGAUAGCGUGUAAGAAGAGGAGUUUGAUGAGGCAAGUACUCAUUCUUCCAUUCUCGGAUGCAUCUCACUUUUCUGGCU